UUUUUCGGCUUGAUAUCGGCUACAAUUUGCUUCCGCAUUCAUUUCUUGUUAUACACAGUCGAUAGUGGUUCGUUCUGUCCGCGUGUAUUAAAUAUAACUAUCAAGUGAUUGUUUAAAACUAUAAGUGCAAAAAUGGCUAAAGUCGCAAAUAAUGGAUAUCAACUUAAUGUUAAGCAAGAAGGUGGAGAGCAACCUGGUGAAGAUAAAGACUUUUUACGCAAAAUGUUCAUUGGUGGGCUAGCCGCUGUAACAACGGAAGAUGGUCUACGUGAAUUUUUCAGACAGUGGGGCGAUGUUGUAGAUGUGGUGGUGAUGCGUGAUCCGGCAACAAAACGCUCCCGAGGAUUUGGAUUCAUUACAUAUUCCUCACCAACAAUGGUUGAUAAGGCUCAAGCUGCUAGGCCACACGUUAUAGACGGAAAAACUGUUGAUUCUAAGCGUGCUUUACCCCGCCCUGAACUCGGCAAGCCUGAGAAUAGCACCUCUAUCAAGAAGAUAUUUGUUGGUGGUCUAAAGGAAUAUCAUGAUGAACAGGCUUUGACUGAACAUUUCUCACAAUUCGGCAAUGUUAUCAGCGUAAAGGUUUUAACUGACAAAGCUACUGGUCGUAAACGAGGUUUUGCCUUUGUUGAGUUUGAUGAUUACGAUGCAGUGGACAAAGCAGUUUUACACAAAAAUCACACUAUCAAGUACGUUUUGGUUGAUGUUAAGAAAUCGGUUUAUAAGCAGGAAUUAGCUAAAAAAUUAGCACAACAAGGUACUAUGACACCACCCGGUGGUUCUCCUGGUGCUCAAGGUGGUUACCAACAACCUCCAAAUGCUUAUAAUCCACAAGCUUACGGCUAUCCACCUCAAGCAGCUCCUCCAGCAGGUGCGUAUAACGGUUGGCCAGGUUAUGGUCAGCCACCUGCUGCCGGUUAUCAACAAGGUCCCCCCGCUUAUGGUGCCUACGGUGGCCCACAACAAAAUGGUAACGCAGGUUGGAAUGCAGCAUAUCCAAAUCCAGCUGGUUGGGGUCAGAAUGGUUAUGGUGCAGCUUCAGCACCUGCUCCUCCUGUUGCACCUGCUGCUGGUCAAGCACCGCCUGCUAAUGGCUGGAAUGCUAAUGGUGCUUCGCAAAAUUUUGGUGAUUACCAACAAACAUAUAAUGGUGGUCCACAAAAGGCUGGCAAUUUGCAAGCUAACCGCAUGAAUCCAUACAGUGUGUCGUCAGCUCCCAAUUAUGGCUCAACUUCGGCGGGUUAUGCAAAUAUGUAUGGUUCGCCCAAUAAUUUGAAUAUGUCAAAGACGCAAUCAACGCAUGACAAAAGUGCAUAUGGUGGGGGUGUAAAAAAGGCCACUCGACAAUACUAAAUUAUGUAUAUGACGUAAGCAGCAAGCAAGCAUAUCUUUAACAUUGAUAUAUAUUAAUGACAUAUGCAGGUUUUUCUGGCAACAGGCAGGUACGUUGCUAUGUAUAAACUACAUAUCUAAAACAAAUAAAAAGCUUGCGUACCACUUAACCUUAAUUAACAAAA